CAGAGAAAGUCGAGUAUAGUUUCCUCUUGUGCGCGCGGGUUACUAGCGCUGCUCAGCUGUUUCUGCCCCCUUCCUUGUCCAAGCGGGCGCUUUCCUCUCGGUGCAAAUCGGCUGGUUGGUGGCCGCUCUUCCUUAGAGAGGCCAGUCCGUUCCUCCUAUCCGGCUCUGCCCCCCUGUGCUCAGAUACAAAGGACGUUGGGUCAGCCUCUUUGUUAGGACUUCAUGUCUGUAUUUUUCCCCAUUCACUGCUCUGAUUAUCUGAGAUCAGCUGACAUGACUGAGGUGAUGAGCGCUCCAUCUAUGGAUGAGAUUGGCUUAAGCCCCCGCAAGGAUGGCCUAUCAUACCAGAUUUUCCCUGACCCUUCAGACUACGAUCGUUAUUGCAAGCUGAAGGACCGUCUCCCUUCCAUUGUAGUCGAGCCAACAGAAGGGGAUGUGGAGAGCGGAGAGCUAAGAUGGCCGCCUGAGGAGUUCCUGGUCCAGGAACAAGAGGAAGAAAACUGUGACGAAGCAAAGAAAGAGAGCAAGGAGCAAUAGAGUCUUCUGUACGACUUAAGAUGCCACAUCAUCUUGAGGAAGGAAGAGAACCACAACUGUUUUGAAAAGUCUUUUUUUCUACAAAAGACAUUCAAAUUUUGCACCUGCAAAAAGAUCUUAGUUUUUUUCAUAUUCUCUAUUGAGAACUGAAGCGCUUGAUGUGACAAUCUCCAAAUGGAAGCAAGGAAGGCAGUUGUGCCGUAGUGGAAAGGGGGACGGCUGCUCUUCUCAAGAUCGCUGUUGAAUUUUGUUAAGGUUAUCUGGGGGUAGCCAUGAAAUUGCAGGGCGCUUUGGUGGAGGAUCAUACGGACAGGAAACAUGCUUUUUUUCUGAAGUGUGUGGGGUGGAAGAAAUGACUGCAGAUGUGUAAAAUGCAGCUGCCUCUGGCUUUAAAAGCAUGAGACUAGUAUUCAUCUCUCAAAACUUUGCCUUCUUAUAGUGCUUUGUUUUUUGUUUUUUUGGUGUGUGUGUGUGUGUUGUGGGUUGAGAGGUAUGAUAACAUGCCACUGAAAUGCUCCGAUGACAGUAGAGUAUGGCAGGUCUUUCCUGCUGAACAUCUUAGAGGAGCAAUGGAUCAAUAACAUUACCCCGUUCAGUAUCUUUUCCUCCCUAAGUCGCACACCCUGUUGGGAAUGUUGGUGUUUGGCACUAGCUAGCCCAGCCCAUUGCAGACAAAAGCCAUCAUCGCCUUCUCCCCCCCCCCCCAAGCCCCCUCUUAAAAUAUGCAUUUGAAUUCUAACCCGAAUGGGUCUUGUGACCGUGAUAAAGGUAGUGACUGACUUACAAUUAAAUCUUACAGUGGCGAAUCUUCUUUUCAUUGGCACGGUGCUGAUGACUUUACAAAAUGGUCCUUUGCCACUUUUCUGCAAUAGCUUUGUUUAUCCUGCACACGGUAACAAACAGGAGGUUGAGUUGGAUUUUCCUUUCUAUAUUCCAGGCACCAAAGCUGCUGUUAAGUCUCCCAUCCAGAAGUACAUCUAGUUGCUACGAGAUGCCAGCUUUUCUAGUGGCAUUGAGGGAUGUGUGUAGUUUAACCAUUUGCAAAAGCUGGAUGAAGCGCUCACUUUAUGACAGUGCAUAAUCUAACCUUGGCCAACAAAUGCAGAACUUUGGAGAUGAUCUGAAGUUAGUUUUAACAGAAGUAAUGAUUGAAGGAAAGCAGGUCUUCUCUUCAAAGAAGCAAACAAAAAGUAUUAUGGUCUCUCAGUAUUCUGGAGAAGAUAAUACGCUUUUUGAACAUAUCUAUGAGAUUUUAUUGAUGGGCAGAAGUUUGUUCCCAAGAUCUAAAUUCCUAGCAACAGCUGCCGCUAUUUUUGUCCGAUCUAUCCUCUUAGGACGCGGAGGACAAAUUGCAGGAUAAGCUAAACUUGCUGCUUUCUAAGAAAGCAGAUGUCUUGACCACUUGAUGGAAGUCCUUCCUGAGACUUCACAGUAUAAAAGGACCACUCUUGAGAAAUGAAAAGCCAAUCGUUUCCAUGUUUAAUUCUGGAGACACUAAAAAGAUGUAAUAAACGCGCAUCAUGGCCUUAACAAGAUAUUCAAAACAACCCCUAGUCUUGCACGUCCCUUGUUUAUCGCCUCCGUUCCUUCUUAAGAAAUCUGUUGGGACUUUGUGUAUAUAUUUGUAUUUGAUACCUCAUGAGUAGUAAAAACGCUGGUAAGGAGUUAGGGAAUUUGCUUGUUUAAAAUCAGCAGGAUUCAUCCCGCCCCCCUCCCAGUCUUUGUCUUGCUUGUGUUUUCAACAUAAUGGCAAUAACUUUUUAACAGCUGUGAGUCAUUGUUACAUGUGGGCGUGAGGUUGCCUGAGUGUUUUUUUUAUUAUUAUUAUUGUUAUUAUUAUUAUUUUAAGCAUAAUAUAGGGAUGUAGUUGGUGUUCCUCUGUAUUCUUUUGACAGCCAAGAACUUGUCACACAUGUACUACCUAUCUUGGUUAACAGUUUUGUCAUCGCUGAGACCUGUCUUGCAUCAUUUCCUAGUCUAAGGUUGCUUUAAAACUAAUGGAUCCAGAUGUUUUUCGGUCUUGUAUGCUGGGCAUCUGUUUUCGUCUUGCUGUUCAGUAGAAUGAGCUUUGAUACCUGCACACCAGCCUGAACUCCCUAGUUUUCUCUCCGAAAAGUUAUUUCUUGUUUUUCGUUUUGUUUGCAGAUUUUGGUCCCAAGUUUUGAAGCUGUCAAAUGUAAACCACUCAAGACGAGCAAAGAUCCUUAAUGCUUAAAAGAUCAGAGUGGAAAUGCUUGUUUGUCUUUAAAUAUUAGCAUAUCCUUUUUGCGCCUCUCUUUUUUUAAUUGUUGCUUGUAUUUCUGUCAUUUUUGAAUGUGUCUGAAGAACAAAGCACUCCAGUUGAAUUUCUCCUGUUGUAUAUUACAUUCUAUAUUUCGGUAAAAUUCUUUUUUGAGCCUCAGGGAAAAAAAGCUUGCAUUUUUUUCAGACUACUUUUGUCACUGUGACAGUUGUAAAUAAAGUUUGAAAAUGCUUUCCAAA